GACUUGCCAGCCGAUGAGUACCACAGCCUUGCCGAUGUGACAAUGGAUCAGCUACUCGAAUCCCUCGAGUAUGUUAUAGACGACAUCGGUGACCCCGGGUAUGAGGUCGAGUACAGCAGUGGAGUGCUAACACUCAAGCUGGGGGAGAACGGGACAUAUGUGAUCAACAAGCAACCCCCAAACAAACAGAUUUGGCUCUCGUCGCCUGUCAGUGGUCCGAAGCGUUACGACUACUCAGCUGCGGAGGACCAGUGGGUAUACUACCGCGACGGCCAGUCAAUGGGAGACCUUUUAGAGAGAGAGAUAGGUUAUGCGCUCGACAGAGACGUCAAACUUGGCCUGAAGAAUGUGUCGCAUCUGGUGGACUGA